AUGUCCGACUCACAGAAGCCCAAGACACUUUUCACCGUGUCAGGUAAAACAGCCAUCAUCACGGGGGCUGGAUCAGGCAUCAACUUUUCCUUUGCUGAGCUUCUCCUCAAGCGCGGUUGCAAUGUGGUCAUUGCUGACAUCGCCUUGAGACCCGAAGCCAAGGAUUUGGUCUCGCAACAUCAAGGCCCCGGCAAGCCACGAGCUGUAUUCGUUGAAACCGACGUAACCUCCUGGCCGGCCCUGUCUCGCACGUUUGGCGUUGCCAUAACCGAAUUUGGCGGUUUCGACAUCAUCUGCCCUGGAGCGGGCGUGUACGAGCCGCAUUGGUCCAACUUUUGGCAUCCUCCGGGAUCAGCUGAGAGCAAAGACAGCGUGGAUGGGGGCCACUACAAGCUUUUAGACAUCAACAUCAACCAUCCCAUCCGGACGACUCAGCUGGCGAUUUCACACUGGCUGCAUCCCAAGGAGAGCACCAACUCCGAGCUUCCUGCUGUCACGCAGGCUUCUCCGACCAACCCGAAGCGCAUCGUCCACAUCUCUUCGGUGGCGGGCCAAGUGCCGAACAUCAACGCCCCGCUUUACUCCGCAUCAAAAUUCGCCAUCACCGGCUUUGUGCGGAGUCUGGCUCGGCUGGAAGAGACCGAUGGAAUCCGCGUCAACGCGGUCGCUCCCGGCGUUGUUCGCACACCUCUCUGGACCGAGCAUCCCGAGAAGCUCAUCAACCUGGACGAGAGUCAAGACGGCUGGGUUACCCCCCAAGAAGUUGCAGAGGCGAUGCUCCGAUGUGCUGAGGACGAUGGGGUUCCUGGAGGAUCGAUCUUGGAAGUUGGCAAGGACAACACACGUCUGGUGCAACCGUUCAAUGAUCCAGGCCCGGACAGAGACCCGAAGAGGGGACUCAUCGCGAGAAACGUUUCCAACGGGACUGCCAUGAUCUUCAACUGGCUCAAGGAUGCGAGCAUGUGGGCCGUCGGUAGAGACUAG